AAUCCUUUUGAUAAGUGUAUAAAAUCAAGGUUCGUUAAGGUAAACCACUAGUGAAAAUGAGCGCCCUAAUAAAAUUAUUUCUCCUCGUAUCGAUUUCCACUGUGAUUUGUGGUGCCCUGGAACAGGUUCAGGAUCCUUUACCAGCAGGUCUUUGGACUGCUUUUAAAAGGGGAGCUGAAACGAGUGAUCGAAGGGCUGUAAAAAUGAUGUUGGGCAGAGUAAAUCGCUACGCUUCGAGACUGUACCACUACCUCGAGGAUCGAAUGAAGUCAGACAGAGCCGGAAGAGCCCCCAAAUCCGCGUCAAAUUUUGCGAACAAAGUGAUCUGUUUCCCGCGAGGCUGUAUCGACAUUUCCGACGUGGGAAUCCACCCCUAGCUCGAAUAAUAAAUUUCUGCAAAAAAAUCAAUAAAAAUCGUUCAUUAAUAAACCGUCCCAUAUUUCGUGAAU